AUGUAAAAUAAAGAACCAUCAAGCAAACUAUAUAUCAUAGACCAUGAUCCUUGCUUAGAUGGAAUUUACUCUCUGACAGGUCUUGUAUUGCCUAUUCUUGUUAAAAUUAGAAAAGAUAACUGGACAAUCCAAUAAUACCUUGAAUUACUCAAGUCUGAACUCUCUAAAAUAUCAAAAAAAUCCAAAAACCAUAAGAGUAUAAGCUAGAAAUUAAUUAUCAAGAUGACCAAAUGA